AUGGGGGAUUACGGGUUUGGAGUGCUAGUGCAAAGCAAUACUGGGAAUAAAUCUGCUUUUCCAGUCAGAUUCCAUCCACAUCUGCAGCCUCCACACCAUCACCAAAAUGCCACCCCCAGCCCUGCUGCUUUUAUAAAUAAUAACACAGCUGCCAAUGGCAGCAGUGCCGGGUCAGCUUGGCUGUUUCCUGCUCCGGCCACCCAUAACAUUCAGGAUGAGAUCUUGGGAUCAGAAAAAGCAAAAAGUCAGCAACAGGAACCGCAAGACCCUUUGGAAAAGCAGCAGCUCUCCCCCAGUCCAGGUCAGGAAGCUGGAAUACUGCCUGAAACUGAGAAGGCUAAACCUGAAGAAAAUCAAGGGGACAGUUCUUCAGAAAAUGGCAACGGGAAGGAGAAAAUAAGAAUCGAAUCACCAGUGUUGACAGGGUUUGAUUAUCAAGAAGCCACGGGGCUAGGUACUUCGACCCAACCCUUGACAUCAAGCGCAUCGUCUCUCACUGGUUUCAGUAACUGGUCAGCAGCGAUAGCGCCUUCCUCCUCUACAAUCAUCAAUGAAGAUGCAAGUUUCUUUCACCAGGGAGGGGUCCCAGCUGCUUCGGCUAAUAACGGUGCUCUGUUGUUUCAAAAUUUCCCCCAUCAUGUCAGCCCUGGCUUCGGAGGCAGCUUCUCUCCUCAAAUUGGGCCUCUCUCACAGCACCACCCUCAUCACCCUCAUUUCCAGCAUCAUCACAGCCAGCAUCAGCAGCAAAGGAGGUCUCCUGCCAGUCCCCAUCCCCCACCUUUCACACAUAGAAAUGCUGCUUUUAACCAGCUGCCUCAUUUGGCGAAUAAUCUUAGCAAGCCCCCUUCUCCGUGGAGCAGCUACCAGAGUCCCUCUCCUACACCGUCUUCUUCCUGGAGCCCAGGAGGUGGUGGAUAUGGUGGCUGGGGAGGGUCCCAAGGCCGGGAUCACCGUAGAGGGCUGAACGGAGGAAUAACGCCCCUGAACUCCAUCUCGCCUUUGAAGAAGAAUUUUGCAAGCAAUCAUAUUCAGCUCCAGAAGUAUGCUCGCCCCAGCUCUGCCUUUGCUCCUAAAUCCUGGAUGGAAGAUAGCUUGAACAGGGCUGACAACAUUUUUCCUUUUCCGGAUCGCCCCAGGACUUUUGACAUGCACUCAUUGGAGAGUUCACUCAUUGACAUAAUGAGAGCUGAAAAUGAUUCGAUUAAAGGUCGUCUAAACUAUUCAUAUCCAGGAUCCGAUAGCUCUCUGCUUAUUAAUGCAAGGACAUAUGGGCGAAGGAGAGGUCAGUCCUCACUGUUUCCAAUGGAAGAUGGAUUCCUGGAUGAUGGCCGUGGGGAUCAGCCUCUUCACAGCGGUCUGGGUUCGCCCCACUGCUUCACUCACCAGAAUGGAGAAAGGGUGGAGCGAUACUCUCGCAAGGUGUUUGUGGGUGGAUUGCCUCCUGACAUCGAUGAAGAUGAGAUCACAGCUAGUUUUCGUCGCUUUGGCCCUUUGAUUGUGGAUUGGCCUCAUAAAGCAGAGAGCAAAUCCUAUUUUCCUCCUAAAGGCUAUGCAUUCCUUCUGUUUCAAGAUGAAAGCUCUGUUCAGGCUCUCAUUGAUGCAUGUAUUGAAGAAGAUGGAAAACUCUACCUGUGUGUAUCAAGUCCCACUAUCAAGGACAAGCCAGUACAGAUUCGACCUUGGAAUCUCAGUGACAGUGACUUCGUGAUGGAUGGUUCACAGCCUCUUGACCCACGAAAAACUAUAUUUGUUGGUGGUGUUCCCCGACCAUUGCGAGCUGUGGAGCUCGCCAUGAUAAUGGACCGGCUAUACGGAGGCGUGUGCUAUGCUGGGAUCGAUACCGACCCUGAGCUGAAAUACCCCAAAGGAGCUGGGCGAGUCGCGUUCUCGAAUCAACAGAGUUACAUAGCUGCUAUCAGUGCCCGCUUCGUGCAGCUGCAGCAUGGAGAAAUAGAUAAACGGGUGGAAGUUAAGCCAUAUGUCUUGGAUGAUCAGCUGUGUGAUGAAUGUCAGGGGGCCCGUUGUGGGGGGAAAUUCGCUCCAUUUUUCUGUGCUAAUGUUACCUGUCUGCAGUAUUACUGUGAAUAUUGCUGGGCUGCUAUUCAUUCUCGUGCUGGCAGGGAAUUCCACAAGCCCCUGGUGAAGGAAGGCGGUGACCGUCCUCGACAUAUUUCAUUCCGCUGGAACUAA